GUCAAUCACCCUCUCUCAUGUGAUGGCUCUUGCCGGUGACGUGCCAGCCAUAUGGGCGCUGGCAUCACAGUCUUAGCUGGUAUGUAACCCCGUCCACGGUAGCUCACGGUUGCCACACGCGCACUCUCUCUCUCUCACUCACACACACACACGUGCACAGACGCACCAAAGAAGCACGUUCGCUCCGCAAGCUCCGGUUAUUCGAGUGCGCGCGCUGCUUGGAGAGGAGAGAAGAGGAGAGAAGAGAAGCACCAAAACCUAAAACAACCAAAUCAUCAGUGAGAGGAAGAAAGCUGCGCGCUCUCUGCUGCUUGCACACCUGACAAGGAGCGGUGGUUCGCUCGCUCGUGCGGGUCCCUGAAGAUGCUCUGAAACUCAAGCGCGCGUUUUUUUUUUUUUCUUCUGUGUGUGUGCCUCUCCAUCACCUGCAGAAGAGCUCGAGCCGAGAGCCACAAUGUUGACGAGGCUUUUCAGUGACCCGUCGCUGCUUCCAGACGUGCAGAAAUACGCAGGCUGGGCGGAGGACACUGACGACGACGACGACGACGUCUCCAAACUCAAAGACGACGAUCAGGAUGACACUUUGGACGACGGGGAGGAAUCCGAGCUGAGAGGAGGCAGCAGGACGCAGUCCGAGCACGGUGGAGAAGACGACGACGACGAGGUGGAGGAAGAGGAGGACGAAGGAGGAGAGGAUGCAGCAGAUGGAGACAGACCCAAGAAGAGAGGCCCCAAGAAGCGCAAAAUGACUCCAGCGCGUGUGGAGCGCUCCAAGGUGAGGCGCACUAAAGCCAACGCGCGCGAGAGGACCCGCAUGCACGACCUGAACUCUGCGCUCGACAAUCUGCGUAAAGUUGUUCCAUGCUACUCCAAGACGCAAAAACUGUCCAAAAUAGAGACGCUCAGGUUGGCGAAGAACUACAUCUGGGCGCUGUCGGAGAUACUGCGCUCUGGGAAAAGGCCAGACCUGGUGGCCUACGUGCAGACUCUCUGCAAAGGUUUAUCUCAGCCUACUACCAACCUGGUGGCUGGUUGUCUGCAGCUCAACUCACGCAAUUUCCUCACCGAGCAGCAGUGUCAGGACGCAGGGAGAUAUGCGUCCGGCUCCUUCUCCAUGCAUUCAUACCCGUACCAGUGCGCGCGUCUCGCCAGUCCUCUGAACUGCCAGGCUGCGGGCUCGAACUCGCAUCCGCUGAGGACGCACGGAUACUCGGGUUACGAGUACGGUGGGAGCGCAUCACCGGAGUAUAACAGCCCUGAGUACGAGGGGCCACUCAGCCCACCGGUGUGCGUCAAUGGCAACUUUUCCCUGAAGCACCAAGGCACCACAUCCCCAGAUAACGAGAAGGGGUACCACUACUCUAUGCAUUACUCCGGCCUGCCUGGAUCCAGACCCGCAGGGGCCCACAACCUGGUGUUUGGCCCCUCGGGGCCUCGGAACGGCAUUCACUCGGAAAACGUCCUGCCUUACCACGACAUGCACUUACACCACGACAGGGCCCCCGUGUAUGAUGAACUCAACGCGUUUUUUCACAAUUAAAAUCAAAUAAGCCCCAUGCAUCGUGCGUCUUUAACCCUUUGCAAUCAACAAUCUAUAACACACUUUCUAUAACAAGCUUACCCUGCCAGGAUUUAGGUAUUCUGGAGAGAUGUUUCACUCGUUGUCAUUAGUGUGUUUUACUUUCAUUUAUUUUGCUUUUCUUUUUUUGCUAUUAGUCAGAGAUGUAGUGGACACCCACAAUCUGAUUCUAUCCAGCUUUUCAAAAAAAUAAACCUCUAAAAAAGGAAAUUUGAUGAACAAAUCAUAUACCAAGACCUGUGAUGAUGAGGGAAUUUGAUGUUUUUUAAAGUGUGAUAUGUGUUUGUAUCGGUGGUUGUUUGCAUUUUGAUUGACUGGAAGAAGCCCAUCGUGCGUCUCCCUUUGCAAUCAACAAUCUAUAACACACGCACACUUUCUAACAAGCUUACCCUGCCAGGAUUUAGGCAUUCUGGAGAGAUGUUUCACUCAUUAGUGUUUUUACUUUCAUUUCUUUUGCUUUUCUUUUGCUUAUAGUCAGAGAUGUAAUGGAGACCCACAAUCUGAUUCUAUCCAGCUUUUCAAAAAAUAAA